AUGGAAUCAGCUGGGUUAACCUUCCUGAAUACAACUGGAGCCUCUCUAUCUACGGCAACUGCCAAGCGGAUGAGAGCGCACAUCACCAGAGCCAACUUCGCCAAAAGGCGUCAACGGCUCGCUAUUGCCGGAGCGUCUGAGUCGAACGCAAAGCGAAGGCAGCGAGGACUAAAUCAAACAGAGGAGGAGGACGGUGCUCCAUCGCUGAGAUUGGCACCUUGCAAUCCAUCCAACAUCGAAGCCUUUCACCAGAUCCAGGAGCUAGUCUUUCUGGAAGGAAGGCAUACGCCUGGCAGCGCAAGCGAAGCGGCUUGGUUUAACCUUAUAGCUUCGGAGCCGGCGCUGGUCGAAGCAUCGCUUGCUGUCGCUGUGCGGCAAUGGUCGCCGGAUAACUCUUGCCAGUCAAAGGCAGAUUAUCACUCGUAUACAGCUGUAAGGCUGAUUAAACAGCGAAUCACAUCGAUAGCGACUCCCUCAGAUGGCGUCCUUGGUGCCGUGAUCACAAUGGCUCUGGGUGCUUCUUUAGUGCACGACGACAUUGCGUGGAAGAUACAUAUGGAUGGUCUUGCCCGCAUUGUGAGCGAAAGAGUGUCUCGAGGUCCGCACAGCCUGCCUGCGUGGUUCAUAGAUCUCAUUGUCCAGUGGGUGUAUCUUAGAUUAUGGCUGAGCGUGGCUAACCCAGCUUAG